AUGUCUGAACAAGGAUUGCCUAAUUGCUACUUACUUAAGUUCGAGAAUAGCGGUGUUGUUAGAACUUUAGCAGUGCAAAAGGUAAAGGAUCAACAAAACGAAUUCGAAAUUAUUCCGAAGCGCGAAGAUCAAACUGAUAUUUCACAAUUAUGGAUUUACUAUCCAGAAUCUAUAUUACUGCGUAAUCUUAAGUAUCCAGAGUGUGUUCUUGCAGAUGACAAAACAGAUGAAUUCGAAACCGAUAGUAAAAUUGUUGUAAAAUCACAAAUUUCUCAAAUGCAUGACAAUCCAACAGAUUUUUACUUUAGAGAUGGUAAAAUGCUCAAUUCUACUCUCAGAAAAGCUGUAAUUUACAAUAAUACCGAAGAUACAUUCAUUCUUGCAGCAGAUUACCCAACAACAUGCACUUUCAAUAGAAUUGAAAUAGAUGUUACGAAUUACGCAUUAGAUAGCCCGCCUUAUUACGUGCCAAUUGCCAUUCUUUUCUCAGAAGCUGCUCAAGAAUAUGCGAUUACUCUUGAUACAACAUCGCAUUUAAACGAGCAGGGCAGACCUCUUAAGAGAGAACCAUUCAAAUUUGGUGUAGAUCCAAGGCAAUAUUGGUUUUAUAUCCCAAUUUUGAAACAUGCUUUUUAUUCUUGCGCCGAAAGGAAUCAAGUGAUUGAUGAUAUGUCUAAUAAUGAUCAAUUCGAGUCGACUGUAUAUACUCAUCUUCACCACGGAAAGCCAAAUCAACAAUGGAAGGUAGAAAACCGUAAUAUCGUUGGAAAGGCCCAUGAAAAGGUUAUUACUUAUAUUGAAAAAGAUCCAACAUCGUUCAGAAUGAAAUCACGAAGUGAAAACGUGAAUGGAAUUCAAUUAUUCUACUUUUGCCCUUGUUUUACGCCAAUUGCAGAGUCAUUACCUAUCACUAGAGUAUAUAGUGAUGAUGAUAGCAUAAGAUUUGGAAUGUCACACUAUUCUGCUGAAGAAGAAGAAGUUCAAGAUUAUUAUAACCCGAACAGCGGCGAAGAUGAUGAUGACGAUGACGAUGGUGAUGAUGAUGAAACAGAUGAUCUCAAUUACUCUGAUUCGUCAUUUUGA